GCUCUCCCGCCCCCCAUUCCCGCACUACCCAAAGCCCGCGUGCUCGCCCCGCCUCCUCCCAUGGCCGACUGCUACGCGCCGGCGGACAUGGACGAGCUCCACAGGCGGUGGCUGCCGCGGGAGAUUUUUGCCGAUAUUGGCAUCGCCGACGCCGCCCCGCCAUCCGCCGCCGCCGUCGAGGACGUCGCGGUGCACCUCACCGGCAUCCUCGGCAGCAAGGAGGGACUUCCGCGCCCGCGCCCGCCUCCGCCUCCGCCGGCACCGGCCCCUCACCACCGCCACCACGCGUCGCAGGUCUCGGGGCUGGGAGGGACGGCUCCUGUGGUGUACGGCGGCGGGAGUAAUGGUGGCGGCGUGCCGGCGCCGUGGCCGGUCUUGCCCUACUCGCCGCCCCAGUGGCAGGUCCCGACCAAUUUCGCCAACGGCGGCGGCAGCGCCCGUUUCCUGGGCCCAAGGCAUGCUCCGCCACGGCCCUCCCACGGCCCUCCGCCGGCCAAGCGGCGUCUCGGCGGCACCGGUGGCACCGGCGUGUUCCUGCCGCGCGCCCAGGGGUACCAGUACCAGCACAAGGCUGCGACCAAACCUCCGGCCAAAGGCAGGAAUCCACCAAAGGAGUUACUUCAGGGGCAGUACCAGCCAGUGCAGCAGCAGCAGCAGCAGCAACGCGCAGACCAAGAGGAGGCAGCGGAGACGACGCAGAAGCAAAAGGCUAGCGCAGCGUUGCUAGCGCUGCCCCAGGAGUGGACUUACUGAGCGGGAUGAGAUGAUGGCGAACAAACCAGUGCAGUAGCUAGCUAGCAGAUCAUGUUUAGUGUUGUUUUGUCGCGUCAUGCAGGCAGCAAUAAUAAUAAUGAAUAAAAUAUGACUAAUAAGGAGUGUAGUAGGGUGGGUGGAAUUACAGUCUUAUAAUAGUACCAUUAGCUGAGAAAACUAUGGCGGAUCCCUUGGUGUAUCAUCAUCUUGUACUACCACCAGCCAGCAGUAAUAAAGUGGCGCCUAUGAAGAAUAAAGGUUGUGCCAUCUCCAAGAAUUGUUA